GUUAACUUUCAGUAUUUAUCAAAAAUAGAAAAUGACAUUUAAGUUGCACAAAAAGCAUUGAAUAUAUCCGAAUAUUCAUUCAAUAUUAGUACAUGGGGACAUUUAGCAAAUUACUAACUCUUUAUUUCCCUUCUUUUUCUCUCCGUACCAAUCACUGUAUAUUCCAAUUCACUUUUAACAUUCUUUUCUUUUAGAAGACAAAUCACAAUAAAUUUUCAUAUUCCAUGUGACCAUGUCCAAGGUUCUCGAGCCCCUAGAAGAAGAAAAGGUAGAAGAACAGAGACCAAGAAACCAAGAAGAAGAAGAAGAAGGAUCGAAGAAGGAAGAGUUGUUAGGAUCUUUGUGUACACCAACUUCAAGUGAUCAUAAGAUUCCAGAGGUGGAUACUUGUCCUCCGGCUCCAAGAAAGCGACCGCGUGAGAUUCCUCCGACAAAGAAGAGAAGAUUGUCUAAAGAUCUUCGGUUCUUCGAAGCCACCGACGUUGGGAGCGACGAGGUAGAGACUCUCUUUGUCCGUAACCCAAAGCCUGUCCGUAAGAAACGGAAGAGUAAUAGCGCAUGAAUCUUUGAUGUAUCUCUGUCUUCUCCGUAAACUCUUGUUCAUCGAUCGCUUCAUUUAUAUACCUAUAUAGUCUUUAAUUCGUUUCGUGUUUUAUUACUUUCUUUUAAUGGGAUUUGAACUCUGUUUAUAUACAGAGUUUUUGUUAAUAUCUAUCGAUCUUGUGUAUGUCUCUUACAAUUUAAUUCUCAUGUCUCGAAAUAUGAUAUGGAUUCUUGUUUUCAAAAUUUAGCAAUUAAAAUAACUUAAGAGAUAGAAUAAUAGUGGGUGAAGUUUUAUUUUUGUUCUCUAAUGAUGUUGUCUACACAUUUUUUAUGUUUGUAUAUAUCGACGUUUUAUUUUUGUUCUCUAAUGAUGUUUUCUACACAUUUUUUUAUGUUUGUAUAUAUCGAAGUUUUAUUUUGUUCUCUAAUGA